CAGUGGGUCCUUUGCCUCCAGGGCCCAUGAAGGUGAGAACAGGAUCUUUGGGUUGCUGAAGCUAGCCUAAGACAGUAAAGCAGCCAUGGAUAUGGCAUACGAGCUACUCAAUGGGAGCCAAGCAUGGCUCUCCUCUUCUUUUGAUCUCAAUGGCCCAAUGGUGGCAGCCAAUGGCUCCAACCAAACAGAGCCAUACUAUGACCUGACCAGCAAUGCAGUCCUCACAUUCAUAUAUUUUGUGGUCUGCAUCAUUGGGUUGUGUGGCAAUACACUUGUCAUCUAUGUCAUCCUCCGCUAUGCCAAGAUGAAGACCAUCACUAACAUUUACAUCCUCAACCUGGCCAUUGCUGAUGAGCUCUUCAUGCUGGGCCUACCCUUCUUGGCCAUGCAGGUGGCUCUGGUCCACUGGCCCUUUGGCAAGGCCAUUUGCCGGGUGGUCAUGACUGUGGACGGCAUCAAUCAGUUCACCAGCAUCUUCUGCUUGACAGUCAUGAGCAUCGAUCGCUACCUGGCAGUGGUCCACCCCAUCAAGUCGGCCAAGUGGAGGAGACCCCGGACAGCCAAAAUGAUCAACAUGGCUGUGUGGGGAGUGUCUCUGCUAGUCAUCUUGCCUAUCAUGAUAUACGCUGGGCUUCGAAGCAACCAGUCGGGGAGAAGCAGCUGUACCAUCAACUGGCCAGGUGAAUCUGGGGCAUGGUACACAGGGUUCAUUAUCUACACCUUCAUCUUGGGGUUCCUGGUACCCCUUACCAUCAUCUGUCUUUGCUACCUGUUCAUUAUCAUCAAGGUCAAAUCCUCUGGAAUCCGAGUGGGUUCCUCCAAGAGGAAAAAGUCAGAGAAGAAGGUCACCCGAAUGGUGUCCAUAGUGGUGGCUGUCUUCAUUUUCUGCUGGCUGCCCUUUUACAUCUUCAAUGUCUCAUCGGUCUCUGUGGCCAUCAGUCCCACUCCAGCCCUCAAAGGCAUGUUUGACUUUGUGGUGGUCCUCACCUAUGCUAAUAGCUGUGCCAACCCCAUCCUAUAUGCCUUCUUAUCCGACAACUUCAAGAAGAGCUUCCAGAAUGUCCUCUGCUUGGUCAAGGUGAGUGGCACGGAUGACGGGGAACGGAGUGACAGUAAGCAGGACAAAUCCCGGCUGAAUGAGACCACGGAGACCCAGAGGACCCUCCUCAAUGGAGACCUCCAGACCAGUAUCUGAACUGCCUGAAAAACAAAAAUGCCAAGCUCUGCCUACUGGCAGUGUGCUCCCUCCUCCUGCCUGCUUCCUUCCUCCCACCCAUCACACCUGGCUUCUAGAACAGGGAAUUGCUCAGCAUGAGGCCAAUUCAGAAAACCAUGUUUGAGUCGGCUUGUCUGAGUGAAUGAUGGUGUAUUGAAUUGAUUACCUCCGCCUGAAAGUGAACACUGAAAUGCAGGCAGACAAUUCAAGGUCUGGAGGAGAAGAGAUCAAGCCUGGGUGUGACUUUUGGAAA